CCCCACUCUCUAUCUGUCAGAUUGUGAUUAUAGUCCAAUUUACAUCCUCCCAUCGUGCCGUCCAGUCGGUGUUGGAGGGCCUUCAGGGAUGGGGUGUCAUCCUUUUUUUUUUUUGUUUUUUUUUGACAUUGUGAGGCUGUGAGCUGUUUGCCAGGCCAUUCCGGGGAGCAAAUUGCCAAUCAUUUCUCCAGUACACACUACACAUACUUAAUUAGUUUAUAUGGAAUAUAUGAAAUGUAUUUCUAAUUCGGGAAGCAAAGUUGUGUCUCUCUCUCGUACACACAUACAUAUUUAUACGACAUUUGGCAAGAUCCAUUGAGACGGGUAUAUAUCCUAUUCCACUAAAGAACAUACCAGAAAAGACAUCAUCAACGUCAACGGUACGUAAUUUUAACACUGACAAAUGUACUUCGUAUUAGUAAUUAGAUCACAUCUUCAAGUGAAUAAAAGCGGAGACAAGUUAGGCAACCAAAAGUAGUUACAAACUAAAUCUAUAAUUUCAAUAAACAAUAAACUAAAAAUUACUUCGUAUUUAACACUAAUUAAAGGAUAAAGAUCUGGUUUCGUCUGUUUUGAUAUGAACUGGUUUGGUCUGGUCUGAUUUUGAGACUAAAAUAACUUCUAAUUAAAAAGGCACCAAAUUUUGUCACGGCUCUAAGACUAGUAGGCUACUACAUCUACUCAGAUCAACAGUUUCUUAAAUUGUUUAAUUUCGUGUUGGACCCUCAACAGCACCUCGUAGUAGUAAGGUAAAGAUGUGUUCUAACCAGGUACUACUUCCUCCUAGUACUAUUUGUACAUUUCUUUAUCAAUACCAAGAAAUACAGGCAAAACCCAGGAUUUCUUGUUGUGUCGGGGCUGGCGGUGUUCGUGUUGCCACCGCGGUGGCCCGGAGACCUUCCUUUCGACACCGUCAUCUGGCGAUGAGGAAGAGGACGAUGAAGACUUUAUCCAACUUGAAACCCAACAUCAGGAAGCCCAUUAUCAUUGCAGGGCUAUCUGGGAUGGGCACCUAUUAUGAUGAUGGGAGGUUUGGAAUUUAUGGUGGAAAGUUUGUACCGGAGACACUCAUGGCAUCUUUGAGUAAGCUGGAUCAUGAAUUUAAUCAAGCUCUCCGUGACGUCCACUUUGUGAAAGAGCUUGAAACUGCUUUGAGGGAUUACGUGGGACGCGAAACUCCAUUAUACUGGGCUCAGAGGCUCACAGAUCACUACAAAAGCCGCAACAACAAUUAUAAAGGACCGGACAUUUAUCUCAAGAGAGAAGAUCUAAACCACGGUGGAGCUCACAAAAUAAACAAUGCCAUCGCACAGGCUAUCCUAGCCAAGCGGAUGGGCCUCAGAAGUGUUGUGAGCGCCACAGGCACUGGCCACCACGGCGUUGCUACCGCCGCUGCAUGUGCCAAACUUGACUUGGUAUGUGAGAUUUUUAUGGGAGACUUUGAUAUGGAGAGAAAUCCGUCUAACGUCCUCCUCAUGAACCAUCUUGGUGCUAAGGACAAAAACACCCUUGAGGCUGGGAAAUCACUGCUGCCGACCAGAGUGCCGGGCCACCUCCAGUCGCCGGUAUCCGCCGGACGCCGCCGGUCGCCACCGCCACGUCAAACCGGCCUCUGCUACAGAUCUGACCGCCACCGCCACCGCCACCACCACCGCCACCGCCGUAGAUAUGGUCUUUUCCACUGCAGAUUUGGCGGCACUGUUGUUCCGCCGGCGUCCAGCCACUAUUUUUGUAGAUCCGGCCACUUUUGUAGCAGAUCCGCCAUCUUCCACUCAAAUCUGGCCUGUAUCUUUGCAGAUCUGGCCGUUGCCUACACGAAUGCCAAAGUUUUUAUCAAAAUGCCAACAUGAAUCUAGAAUGCUAUUUUAAUGGCAUUUUCAAAGAAAAAAUAGAAAAGUUUGUAGAAUAAGAAUGCCAUUUUGAACUUGGCAUUUUUCACCAAUCAUGAAGAAAUGGAGCAUAUGCAACGAAAUAGAAGAGGGAGGAGAGGACUAGAGAAGAGGUGAGGAAGGACAAGGAGAAAAAUCAAAAGAAGAGAACCUUACCUUCGAAGAGAAGAAGAUCUCCGACGGCGACGGCGGCGGACUUCGACUGGGCAGAGGAGGCGGGCUUCGCGUCAAUGGCAGCAGGCUUUGAAGGUUUGGCUCUUCAUGUGCGAAGGGAAAGAAGAAGAAGUUGGGUAGGGGAAGUAGAUGCGCAGGGGGAGAGGAAAAGAAAGGCUGGGGAGGGAAGAAAUAAGAUGCGUAGGUGGGGGAAAAGAAAAUAGGGGUAGAUGGGUAAAUCAGUCCUAUUUAGGGCAAAAAAAUAAGUAUACUCCUAUUUAGGAAUUUCAGGAAUAGUUUAGUCCCAUUUAGGGCAAAAAUUCCUUUAAUUUAUGCCCUCCUAGAAAUGCUAAAUAUAAAUAUAGAUGCAUGGAUGGAUACAUACAUAUAUAUAAAGUAUUUGCAUGGCUAGAACCUCAAAACAUAUGAGAAGUUCUAUGUAUUCGCGGAUUACAAUGAGGGAUAUCCUAUUUAUAGGAAGGGUAGUUAAUGCUCUCAUGAUGGCUUUGUCCGUUAUUGACGGGUUGGCCGUUCGUUACUGACGAGUUGGCUGUACAUUAUGAUGAUUUCGAAUCUGUCAUAAAAACUGGUCAAUUACUAUCAAUAUCUUCCUUAAUCACAUUAAAGAGCCUAAUAAUGUAUAAAAAACGUUACAAUAAUUAGGAUUGAGAUUUGUGGAUGCUCCAUUAACUCUUGUGGUCAACUCUCUUAAAUGCAACAUAACCCGUCAAUUUCUUGCUCUAACACAUGCAUAGCAUUAAUUCAAUGACAAUAUCACAUAAUUUAAAUUCUCAAAAUAAUACAUAUUCACCCCCUUUGCCCCCCUCUUUCGAAUCCUCCCUCUAAUAUGAAUAUUCCUUAUACUCCGUAUUUUUUUUAAUCUAAAAUGCCAUUAUUUUCUAAUUUCCUUCUGUACAUUUCAAUGAUUGAAUCUACAAAUGCAAUAACUGAUUUGAGAAGAACAUUAUCUGAUUUGAAAAUAUCAUGUUCCAGGUUGGAGAAUUCCACUACUUUUGAUUUGUAAUGCCAUUGUUUCCGUCCAGAUUGUUUUUUUAUACAAAAAUAUACUUCCUCCGUCCCAAUUUGUUUUGCAAAGUCAACUUUUUUUGUUCAACCAAUAAUAAAAGUCAAUUCUCCCUAUGCAUAAUCAAUUCAAUUUUUAAUAAUUAAAAUUUACAUAUUCAUAAACUAUAUCAAAAUCUCUUCAAAGUUGUAAACUCCAAAUUAGAAUAUAAUUAAAAAUUGGUAUCCUAAUUAAGUGAACAAAACGAAACUGUUUGACCAAGAAAAGUCAAAUUUGCAAAUCAAUUUGGGACGGAGGAGGUAGUAUAUGUCAUGUCAGUUUCCAGCGAUAUAUAUCAAUGGAUUACAAGUCUAGUAUUCAAAUCAUUAAAUGUUAAUAUUAGGAGUGAGCGUGCCUUUUGUGUUUCAAUUAUAUAGUCCUUCAAAUUUAUCUAGGUGAAAAUGGUAGUAAAGGGAACCUUCAAGGAUGCAAUAUCAGAUGCAAUAAGAAGCUGGAUAGAGAACCUAGAGACGUCAUAUUUCUUGGGAGGGGUCGCUGUGGGACCCCAUCCAUGCCCGACCAUGGUUCGGGAGUUUCAGUCGAUCAUCGGGAAAGAGACAAGGAAACAGGCGAUAGAAAAGUGGGGCGGUGAACCAGAAGUGUUGGUGGCAUGCGUUGGGAGUGGGUCAAAUGCAUUGGGACUCUUUCACGAGUUCAUCGGAGACCCAAAUGUGAGAUUGAUCGGAGUUGAAGCCGCCGGUGUCGGGUUACAUAGUGGAAGACAUUCUGCUACUUUGACAAGGGGUGAGGUUGGUGUCUAUCAUGGAGCAAUGAGCUAUGUUUUACAAGACGAGGAUGGCCAAAUCAUGAAACCCUACUCGGUUGGGAUUGGAAUGGAAUAUCCUGCGGUUAGCCCAGAGCUUAGUUAUCUUAAAGACAUAGGGCGUUUAGAGUGUUAUACUGUCACCGAUGAGGAAGCCAUGCAAGCAUACAAAAGGGUAUGUAAUUUAGAAGGGAUAUUUCCAGCCUUGGAGACAUGUCACGCAUUAGCAUUUCUUGAUAAGCUUUGCCCUACCCUACCCGACGGCACGAAGGUAGUGGUUAAUUGUAGCGGUCGUGAUGAUAAGGAUGCUCAUGCUCGAUCCUCUAUGCAUAUACAAUCCGUAUAUACUAAUUAAAGACGAAUACCAUGGACAUCAUCCAUUCAUCAUCAUUUAGGUAGUUCAUUUUUCUAAUUUUGUAUGCACAUGUUAUAAAUAUUCAAUGUACAUCUCUAAUAGGGAGAAUUCAUAUUUACACCGAUAACGGUUUGAGCUAUAAUAUACAUUGCACCUCAUGUAUGAUCCCCAUCACUUAAAAGUCAUGUAGGAAUUGAAUGAGGUGCAAAGCUAAAUGAUUUU